GACCCCUAAAUAUCGACUUUUCUCCAAUAAAACAAACAGAUAAAUAAAGAUUAAUAUGGAAUAUUCAUGCAUAGAAUUGAAUGAUAUACCUUGUGAAAUUCUUCUCAUUAUUUUUCAAAAAUUAGAUAAUAUUGAUGUACUUUACUCCUUGCAUGGUCUUAAUAAACAAUUAAAUAAAAUAAUAGGUGAUCCAAUAUUUACAACUAGUUUGAACUUUGUUAAAUGGUCAUCUAACAAAUUUAUUAAUAAAUUAUCUUCUAAUGUGAUACUUAAUCGAUUUUGUUUACAAAUUUUACCUGAUAUAUCCAUUAGAAUCAAAUGGUUUCAUCUUGAAUCAUCAUCUAUAAAACGUAUUCUACGUGCUGCUAAUUAUCCUAACUUAUAUGGACUCGGUCUAUACAAUAUGAAAGAAAAGACAGCUAGACGUCUUUUUACCGUUCAAAGUUUUUCACAGUUUGUUUAUCUUAUCGAUGGUCGUUUCAAUCAGCUUCAUACAUUGAUUGUUGAUUUAAUUAAUCCUGCUGGUUCAAUAGAAAUAAUAAAGAAUAAAACAAAAAUCCCAAAUCUAAAAUGUUUUGUUCUAUCAUGUGCUUGGGAAAUGACAUAUUUCGAUGAAUGUUGUUUGCCACUUCUUUAUCGAAUGUCAAAUUUAGAAAAACUUGGUUUGUAUAUAACGACCUAUGUCCGUGAUAAAUUUAUUGAUGGAAAUUAUUUGAAAAAUAUUUUCAAUCGUAUGCCACAAUUAAAUGAAUUUUCAUUUGAUUUUCGUUCUCUUUUAUUUAUUAAUAAUCAAAUCAAUUUCCUAUCAAACGAAGAUAUUCAACGAACAUUCACAGAUUUUCAAUAUAAUAAAAUAAUAUCUUAUGUUAACCAUUUUCUAGAAGAAAAUGAGGCUCAAUGUCAUAUUUAUUCGUAUCCAUCUCAAAUCCAAUAUUAUCAAAGAAUAACAAAUCAUUUUCCAGGUGGAAUAUUUAAAUAUGUUCGUUUAAUAUCAUUAUAUGAUGAACAUCCUUUUGAACAUGAAUUUUUUAUUCGUAUUUCUCAAUCAUUUCCAUUUAUUGAAAAAUUAUCUUUGAUUAAUAAUCAAUCACAAAAACAUAAACAAUCUCAGAAUUCAUCAAUUGUUAAAUAUAAUUAUCUUGUUACACUUGAUAUUGAAAAAGUUCAUGAUGAUUAUCUUGAAGAAUUUUUAUUUAAUAGAAAAACAUAUUUUCAUAAUAAUAUUCUUGUUUAUAUUAAUUAUAAAUCAUUAGAAAGAGUAACACACAAUUUUACAAGAGAUUCAACACGAAUUAAUUGUGGCAAAAUAAAUAAAAUUUAUUUCUGGGGAGAAAAGAAUUAUUCCAAUUCUUUACGAGAUUAUUUUCCUCAAGCAAUAAUAUCUUGA